AUGUAUUCUAAGGACGAAAAUGACGAGAAUAACAAAAUAAACUUAAACAACUACAAAAACAUUCUGCAUAACAAGAAAAAAAUUUUAGGCUUAUUAAAUAAAGAUCCUUUAGAGAAAAAAGGAAAUUACAUAUUAGCAGAGAAAAAAGACAAUAAAGGUGUAGUGAGUACUAGUGAGUGUAAAAAGGGGCAAUCUGGAGGAAUAGAUCAAGUUAAGAGUAACUUGGAGGAGGUAGAAGAAGUAUUAGAUGAAAGUGAAGAGGAAGAGGAAGAGGAGGAAGAGGAGGAAGAGGAAGAAGAGGAAGAAGAGGAAGAAGAGGAAGAAGAGGAUGAGGAUGAUGAUGAAGAUUACGAAGUGGACGAGGAGGAGGAGGAGGAUGACGACGAUGAAUUUGACGAAGAAGAAUAUGAUGAUGAACAAAGAGAAAUUAAUUUUAACUCAUAUAAUAAUUCUUACUACGAAACAUAUAAUGAUGAAGAGGGUGAAAAAUAUCGAAACAACAUAGAACAAUUACUAAAGAAUAAAAAUCGGAACGAAAAAUGCAAAAAUAAAGAGGAAAAAAACGAAAUAAUGUUUGAAAAAUAUAAUAAAUUAUUAUCGAAUUAUAGAGUUAGAAAGGAAAAAUUGUCAAAGGACUAUAUAAAAGAUUGUAUAAAAGAUUGUGUCGAAGAAGAUAGCGCCAAUUCAUGUUGCUUCAGUUGCAAGAGUGAAGAAAGAAAUAAGAACAUGCCUCUAAAUGUACAAGCAGAUGUAAAGGAAAAUUUAAAAAGUCAUCAAGGUAUAAAUUGGAAUAACAGGGAUAGUAAUACAAAUAACAUUGAGUAUGAAGAAGGAGAUUUUAUACGUGAUGUGCUGGAUCGAAUUGAUGAAAUAUAUUACAAAGAAUCAAGAUAUAAAAAUUUAAAAAGUGUAAAUAAUAAUAACAACAAUUUGUGUAUAAAUGAUUUAAACUUAAAUUUAAUAAGCGAAUAUUUAAAUGUAGAUAUAUCCGUUUUUCAUAAAAAAACUACUAUUCUAUUACUAGGAAAUACACAAAGUGGUAAGAGUUCCUUUAUCAACUGGUUCAGUGAGACUUACGUGCAAAACACUAGUAGUCUUGCCAAGAAAAAUCAAAUUACCUAUGUAGACAUUAAGAGCAAUUUCAAGUUUCAAUUUAAUAAAUUGCAAAAUCAGAAUUAUCAGUUUGGGGUCGUGAACAGGUUAACAGAUGAGGGUUACGGCCAUUAUACGGGGAAAGCGCAAUAUUAUGGAAAAGCUCAUGCUAAUUAUGAUAGCACGUAUGGCGGCAAGUAUGGAGGCACUUAUGAAAACACUUGCGGUAACACUCGCGGUAACACUCGCGGUGAUCGUUACAUAGACCAUGAUAUGAAUGGCCCCACCCACCAUAAUGUGGAUGACCACUGUUAUAAUGAGAAUGAUUCUUGUGGAGGAGGGGGGAAAAAAAUCAUGUUUUCAGGAGAACAUUGUUAUUAUUUGUUCAAGCCCUUUCAACAACUACGAAAAAAAGGGCAUGAUAUUAAAAAAUAUAUAUAUGGAAAAUUAUACUAUCAAAAUAAUUUGACUAAAUAUAUGAACAGAGUAAACUCAGUGUCUUUUAUUGAUACUAGCGGUAUUGAUGAUGGAAGUGGAAUUGAUGAUAUGAGCAAUGUAGAAUAUGAUGAAAUUAUUAUGAACUUAUCAAAAUAUGUUGACCUAAUAUUCAUUUUUGUUGACUCGAAUAAAUUUUCAAUAAAUAAUAGACUCUUAAGAAUAAUUAAUUAUUUACUAGAUAAUCAAAUAAAUAAAGUUACCAUAUGUUUAACUAGAAUAGAUAUAAUUAAAAAAAUAAAUCUAUACAGAGUUGUAUUUUACCUGACUCAAUACUUUCUUAGAAAUCUGAACAUUUUUAAAUAUCAGUCCUUAAAUGAUACUUCAAAUAAAAGAAAGGAGGAUGAGGAAUUUAAUGACUACGAGGAUGAAACUAUACAAAGACAUGGAAAAAGCUUUUUUAACAAAAACAAAAUGGAAAAAAUAAAUAUAUUAUUUAAUAGAUCAAUCAGAUCCUUUCAAAAUGUGCUCCUCUUUCCUAACAUGCUAGCUAAAAUGAUAACAAGCCAAAAAAAUACCACUGAAAAAGGAUCUAUAAAAAGAAAGGGUAUAAAUGCUCCCAGUUCUGGCUCAUACUAUUUGAACAACAUUACAGGGGAGGACGGGGUAGAAGAGAAGUCCCCAUUUAGUAGAUACACCAGCAGAAGAAGCGCCGGCCGUUGGAUGGGGGGUUACGAUCAAGCGGAGGUCGAAGAAAAAGACGAAACUGAAGAAAACUGCGGAGUAAUGAGUGGACCAAUCCGUGCAGAAAGCACAGUGAGAAUAAAUGCCGGAAAAGAGGAAGAAAAAAAGGAAGAGAAAAGCAUACUUAAAAAGAUCCUAACCACAAGCUACAACUCGUUUAAAGAAAAGAUAAUGGGAUCAGAAGAGACGGACCAAAAUAGUAACAAAGCUGCUAAGCAUUGGAGAAGACAGGAGGAUACAACUCAUCAUGGGGGUCAUUUCAAUUACAACGAUGGACAGAAUUAUGAAGGAAAUUUUGUAAGGAGUGAUGUAAAAAAUGAAAGAAAUGAUGUAUUUGCAAAAGUUUACAAAAGGAAUAAUCAUCAACUAGAAUAUGUAGAAAGAACAAGUAACAGUUACCAAGAAAGGGAUGGUAUUAUAAAUGAAUUAAAUAGAAGCAAACAUGUAAAGGAAAAUAAUCGUCUAGAGAAUAUAUUUGAAAAGAAAAUUAACUAUAGUGACGGUCUAAAGAACAUGAGCAUCUUUUUAUUUGUAUUAAUGUAUGAAGUCGUAACAACAGUUUAUAGCUUAGUCCAUACCACAAUAAAUAGGUACAUCACUGCGAAUGGCAGUAGGAGGGUUGUUAACGUAGAAAAAAUGCAAAAGUUGGACAACGCACACAAAAUGAGAUAUAUCAACCCGGAUGAUGCCAUCACUACUGGCACCAGAAAGAGAAGUAGUAACAUCAAUAACAAUAACAAUAUCAAUAACAAUAUCAAUAGUAAUAACAAUAUCAAUAGUAAUGGCAACAGAGGUGAAAGUGCAAGUGGAAGUAGUAAUGGUAAUGCAUAUAAAAUCCUCGAAUUUUUAACUAUAUAUUUACCAGAAAUGCCUUAUGAUUUAUUAAAAAGAGAGAAGUGGAAAUACGAAGAAAGUAAUAUUCAUUGUAACCACGAUAGGAGAAAGAGGUUUAGCUGUAAUAUACAGUAUGAACAUACAGAAUAUACUGGAAUGAUGCAAAAUGAUACCACAAACUAUAAUACACAUGAUGUUAUAAAUAAUAAUCGUUUUAACAAAAAGAAAAAUUAUCCACAGAGGAGAAGCAUACCUGAAGAUUUUAUCCUCCUUAGUAAGGGAAAUAAGAAUAACAAUGAUGACUGCUACAAUGAUAGUAUUGAACAUGUGUCGUAUAUAAAUAACAAUAAAUUUCGGGGUAUUAAUGAAAUUAGCAGAAAUUCUUACAUAACAGAUAGUGUAUAUAAUACAAAUAAUGAAAGGGCCUCUAACUACCUUGUGGAAAACGAUCCAAGGGAAAGCUCCCCUUACUCAUCGAAAGGGAAAUACUACCACGUAGGUGAAGAAGCGAGACUGCAUCAACGAGUGCACCAUCGGGAUCAUCCACAAGUCCAUCCCCAAUAUGAACCGAGCAAUUAUCCUUAUACGCACUCAAAUAACCGAAACUUCAACUACAUGCGAAUGAGAAAUGAAGACGUGAAAGAGUUAAACAUGAUUCAUGAAUUGUUGUUCAAAAUCGACGAAAGCAUAGAUUUAAAGACUAACCAAAGUAUAUAUAUGCUUAAGAGAGACCUACAGAAUAUUCAAAAUAGUUGCUUAAAGAAAAUAUCAGAUAAUAAUGAAAUAAUUAAAAAAAAUAGAUCCUUACGAAUACAAAAUAUAAAAUUUUAUUUUUUCAAAUAUAUGGCUAUAUUUUUUGGCUUUAUCAUAUCUUUACUCAGAUAUGAUUUAUUAGUAUACUUUAAUUUCAUUAAACCUGAACUAUUCUUUAGUAUUUUUUCUAAAUACUUUCUUUUCUUAGCAUCUUAUAACAAAAAUUCCCUCUUCAUAGCUGUCAACAUGCUAUUAGUAGUGGCUUACUUUGCUUUAUACAUUCGCUACAACCGAAGAAACUACUUCAAAUCUUUAGACAAAAGCGAUUUAAAUAAAUUGAAAAUUAUUUUGUUGUUCACGCAAAUAAUUUUUGACGAAAUUAAUCAGCUCCACUUAAAGCUCCUCGGAAGGACGGAUAAGGAUGUGCGCAGAUGA